AUGCCGAUGCCAAAUUAUACGAUUACUUCUAAAAUUGCUAAUUGCCUUAUGAGGAUUGAAGCAGCAAAAGAAAAAGUGUUACAUUUGCCACUCACUGUAUCGAUGCUCUCGUCCCUUCGUGAAACUGCACGACUUUAUACCACACACUAUUCUACUAUGAUUGAAGGAAAUCGACUUGAGCCUAAACAGAUUGAAGAAAUUUUAAGUGGUAAAAGCCACUUUCCAAAAUAUAGGAGAGAUGAAAAUGAGGUUAAAGGAUAUUAUGCAGCUUUAACCCAAGUUGAACAAUGGGCAGUGAGAACGAUCCCUAUUACUGAGAAAGCCAUUCAAACGCUUCAUGCCCUAGUAAUGGCGAGUGGAAAAUCUAAAGUGAAGCCAACCUCUUAUCGUGAUGGUCAAAACGUUAUUCGUGAUAGCCGUACACGUGCAAUAAUUUAUAUGCCACCUGAAGCAAAGGAUGUACCAAAGCUCAUGAGCAGUAUGAUUGAUUGGAUUCGUGACAGUGAGCAAGUGCCUUGCCCAAUUAUUGCAGGUAUUGCGCAUUAUCAAUUUGUAACAAUUCACCCUUACUAUGACGGUAAUGGUCGUAUUGCAAGAUUGUUGACUACAUUAAUUUUACACCUUGGUGGAUAUGACCUAAAAGGACUUUAUUCAUUGGAAGAAUAUUAUGCUAAGAAUCUAGGAGCGUAUUAUGAAGCAAUCAGUGUAGGGCCAUCGCACAACUAUUACAUGGGACGAGCUGAAGCAGAUAUCACUAAGUGGGUGGAGUAUUUCGUAGAAGGUAUGGCAAAUUCAUUUGGGAACGUUUUACAACGUAUAAAUGAAGAAGAAUACCACACUGAUCAGACUGGUCUUAUACGUAAGCUUGAUCCUAAACAACGCAAAGCUCUUGAGCUCUUCCAGGAGUUUUCCACUAUUACAGCUAGUAAGAUUGGCGAACUGUUUAAUUUUAAGCCUCGUACUAGUGCGCAACUUUGUAAAAAGUGGGUGGAAAUGGGGUUUAUUGAGAUUGUAGACUUUUCCAACAGAGGAAGAAAAUACAAGCUUAGCAAGCAAUAUGAGGGUUUGAUCUCAAAUUAA